AUGAAAACAAAAGCGCGGUCGCAUCGACGCAUUAUUCGCCAGAGCCACUUUCGCGAUAACACUGUAAUUACACAGGGUGAUGCUCAUAUUCAUCUGCCUGAUCAACCGCUCCGAGCUGCGAUUCACGUCAUUCCAUAUCCACCAAAUGAAGAUUUUAUCAAACGGCCAGAUAUUGUCGAUAAACUUGACCAGCUCUUGCCACAAUCAUCAGACUACCAUAGUGCCGCUCUUUGUGGGUUAGGAGGAACAGGAAAAACCCAGAUUGCGCUCAAUUAUAUAUACCGACGAUGUAGCACUCGCUCCGUCUUUUGGGUACACGCGGAUACAAAAGCAACAAUCAUAAAUGAUUAUAAAGCGAUCGCGAAAAAGUUUGGCAUUAUGGACAAAUCGCUUGAUGACGAAUCUUUACUCAUGGCAGUUUGCAGUCGCAUCGAGGAAGAGCCAGAGUGGCUCUUAGUCCUUGAUAAUGCUGAUGAUCUAUCAUUAUUUGGGGUCGGGGUAGCAUCUGCUUCGUCAGAGAGUCUACCCAAUUGUGUCCCUCGAGGCCCCAGGGGCGUCGUUCUGUGGACGAGUCGUGAUAAGCGCAUCAUGGGGACAUUGGUCGGCCCUCUCAGAGUAAUUGAAGUGGGUGACAUGUCACUUGAAGAAGCAAAGAAAUUGCUCGCAUUAGCAACUGCGACGAUACAAACCGAAUCACCGAGCGAAGACAGCGAGGACAUAGACAAAUUAUUGGAAAGCCUGCAGUAUCACGCAUUAGCAAUUUCGCAAGCCGGUGCCUAUAUGCGAAGAACGUCGACAACAGUGCGUGAGUAUUCAGCUAUGCUCUCAGAGAAACAGAGACGACAUAAACUUUUAGAGAAAAGCGAAUUCGAUCGACAUCGGAAAUUUGGGGCGCCCAACAGUAUUCUAGACACAUGGAGCAUUUCAAUCAAGCGUAUUGAACAAGAAAACGAGCAGGCAUUUUAUAUAUUUCAUAUUAUGGCAUAUUUUGAUUGCCAGAACAUUCCUGAAGGAUUGGUCGACUUGGCCGGCAUGGAAUGCGACUUAACACUCGACCAACGGAAGGAAGCUAUAACUCGACUUAGAGAAUUGUAUCUCAUCUACCAACGAAAAAAUGAGGACGGAUUGACAAUCUAUGAAAUGCACAAACUUGUACAGGAGGCAGCGAGAUAUGGGCUCCAUAGAAGGAAUCUAUUGGAAAAGAGUUUGACAACAAUAAACGUCAGUGAUAUCUCGCGGGAGAACGAAGAUGAUUCAGAAGAAAAGAUAGAAACGACUUUCGCAACGUGGGCCUUACGUGUUAUGGCAUUUUUUUCCAGAUACAUUCAGGACACUGAACAACACUGGGAUCUGGGCGAUAAUUAUCUGACACACGCUGCUCAAAUAGUUGAAUGGGUGGAUAUUUGCAGAGAGGAAGUUACCACGGCGAACAACCUUUUUCUUGUUACAGAUUUGAUGGGGCGCCUUGAUGAAUGGCAUGAGAAAGAAUUAUUAGUUGAGAGGGCGUUAACAAUAAGACGAAAGAUGCUUGGAGAGGAGCAUCCGGAUACGAUCAAAGGCAUGCAUGCUCUUGCCAAUGCCGGGAGCUGUGCGAUGAAGCUGAAAAUAUAG